AUGUCGAGUUCAGCAAGUAACUCAUCUCAUCAUCGAAAGUUAGCACUAAUCAUUAGUAAUGGUAAUUAUAGUCGUUCAAAUAACAAAAUAAGUCAUAGUACUAACAAGGUCAACAAUUUAGCGGAAAAACUUCAAAGCAUCAGUUUUAAAGUUACAAAGUAUACCGAUAUACAGACAGAUCCAGAAAUGUUCGGAAACGUUAAAAAAUUUGCAGAUGAAAUUACAGAUGGAGACAUAAUCUUGUUCUACUAUUCUGGUCAGAGUGAUCAUGUGAAUAAUAAAAAUUAUUUGAUACCUAUCAAGGAUGAUAUUAUAGAGAGUGAUAGAGAUGUUGAAGAUAUUGCUACAUCGGCUGAUAAAAUACUUGAACGUCUGGUAGAGAAAAAUACAUCAUAUAUCACUCUAUUCAUCUUGGAUUGCUGUAAAUCAUAUAUGCGAAAAGCUGGAUCAAAAUCAAAGAAUGCUACUGAAAGUAAAGGUCUACGUGAAAUGAAAUUAACUAAUGGAGCAUUAAUUCAAUUUGCUUGUGCUCCUAAUCAAACAGCUCCUGGUGAAUUAUAUAGCAAACAUUUAUUGAAAAAUAUCACAAAAAGAAAGGCUACCAUUGAAAAUAUUUUUCACAGUAUAAUGAACGAUGUAUACGAAGAAAGUAAUCAAACACAAAAACCAUUAACUAUAAAUGGAUUACAUAAACAUGGGGAAACCAAUCUUAAUAAACAAAUUAUCAUGAUACCAAAUAUAGUAUCUGAUGCUAAAUGGCAAUCUCAAGCUCAUACUAUUGCUGGUGGUCUUGGUCUUGGUACUGACAUGAAUAAACUUAAUUGUCCUCAAGGUAUUUGCAUAGAUGAGAAUCAAACUAUUUUGGUUGCUGAUAUUUCAAAUCAUCGCAUUAUGGAAUAUACACGAGAUAAGAAAGAAGGACGUAGAAUAGCAAGUAAAACUACAAGUGGAUACAAUCGUGGUCAUUUAUCUGGACCUUUAAAUGUGAUUAAUGAUGCUGAUUCGAAACGUUUUAUUAUUUGUGAUUCUAAUAAUCGACAAGUUUUACAAUGGACACGAGGAAGUAGCAAAAAGCCCAAGAUAAUGAUAGACAAUGUCGCAUGUAGUGGAUUAGCUAUGGAUGAUGAAGGAUCUAUCUACAUCUCCGAUAGUCAAAAGCAUGAAGUGAGACGAUAUUGUGCGGGUGAACGAAAGGGAACAAUCGUUGCUGGUGGUCAUGGACAAGGAAGUCGUCCCUGUCAACUUAAUCAUCCAACAUAUAUUUUUGUCGAUCGAGAUCAAUCUGUAUAUGUAUCAGACUCCUGGAAUAAUCGUGUAAUGAAAUGGACGAAAGGUGCAAAAGAAGGUAUUGUUGUAGCUGGAGGUCAAGGUCGCGGAAAGAAUCUUACACAAUUGGAUUGUCCUACAGGAGUAACCAUUGAUGCAUCAGGCGCAGUUUACGUAGCAGAUCACUGGAAUAAUCGAAUAAUGCGUUGGGGCAAAAAUGCCAAACAUGGUGAUAUCAUUGCUGGUCAUAGAUACACUUCGGGUACUGGCUCAAAUCAAUUAACUGGUCCAACCGGUUUAGUAUUCGAUGAAGCUGGUAAUCUUUACGUAUCUGAUUCGUACAAUCAUCGAGUGCAACGAUAUGCUAUCAAAGAGGAUUGA